AUGAGUUUCGGUUUCGUGAAGUUUUCUCAAGAGAAGGUUGUGUACAUGAGAAACCAUGGAGAAGAAGUAUUCAUUGUUGGCGUAUUCGUCGACGACUUGAUUGUGAUAGGAUCAAGCAUCAAGAGUGUUGAGGAGUUAAAAAAAUUGAUGAUGAAGGAGUUCGAGAUGAGUGAUCUCGGGCUACUCUCGUACUAUCUUGGUAUCGUGGUGGACCAGAAGAAAGAUAGCAUCGAGGUGAAGCAGGAAGUUUAUCCGAAGAAGAUGUGGAAACAGUUUGCAAUGGAGGAUUGUAACUCGAGCAAGUAUCCUAUGGAAGCAAAGUUGAAGUUCGGAAAGGAUGUGGAAGGAAGCUUAGUGGAUCCGAAAGAGUAUAGGCGUAUCAUCGGGUGUCUUAGGUACUUGACGCACACCCGACCUGAUAUAUCUUAUGCAGUUGGCAUAGUGGGUCGUUACAUGGAGAAGCCUACCACUCUACACCAACAGGAAGUAAAACAUAUUCUUUGUUACGUAAAGGGAACGACGAUUUAUGGGAUUCAGUUAAGAAGAGAAUGA